ACUCUGUUACACGGAUCUGUCUUUGCGUGGAAGGAAUCUCAAGCGAGGUACAAAGAAAAUGAGCAUUUCUAUAAACAAAAUAGAUUAGUUUAGAGUUUGCGGACGUUUUUUGGGGGCAUUUAACCCCUUGGGACCACUUUUCUUUUAAGAAAGAGGAAAUAAAAAUAGUAUAAAUAAAUAAAAAUGUGGGAACAGGAGGAAUUUGAGAAGCACUGGAGGAAUGAAUUUCCAGACGGAGAGGUGCCCAGGAUGAACCUGACCUCCGUGGAGGAUAUCGAGAACGAGCUGGAGAGAUGUAAAGCGCGGCUGAAAAGCCUGCAGCAGGAGCUGGCGAUGGAGAAGUUCAAGGUGAUCUACCUGCAGACCACCGUUGCGCAGAAGAGGAAAAGUUACGACGCGGAGAGAUGGGGCACUAAAGAGCAUGACGCGGAGAGAUGGGGCACCAAGGACCACGACGCGGAGAGAUGGGGCACCAAAGAGCACGACGCGGAGAAAUGGGGCACCAAGGAGCAUGACGCGGAGAAAUGGGGCACCAAAGAGCAUGACGCGGAGAAAUGGGGCACCAAAGAGCAUGACGCAGAGAAAUGGGGCGCCAAAGAUCACGACGUGGAGAGAUGGGGCACCAAGGAGCAUGACGCGGAUGUCGUGGCCACCAAACAAGCAAAGACGCACGGGGAAAGCAUGCGCGCUCCUCCGGGGAUCAAGCUGCACGCAAUCGGGUGCAAGAGCAUGGAGGAGCCGGUCAGAGGAAGCAAAACUGGUAAACCCAUCCUGGUUCCUCCGCGUAAAAAGCCCGCUUUGGUGAAGGAAAACACUGCAGGUACUGGUUCAGGUUCCUCACAUCUCCAUGGUGAAUGCGGUAGAAGGAGACGGGAAUCGGAGCGCGACAGCGACAAAGAUUACGACGACGUGGAGCUAAACGAGAACUUCGUGCGGAAGAACUUGAUCGAUCAGAAGAUGCGGGAGAACCGCAACUCGUCGCUCAGACCAUUUCGGUAUAGUAGGGAUUUUGAUUCUGGGGAUGACGGGAGAUUAUCUCCGUCUGUCCCGAUCCGAGGGAGCUACGGUUCGGGCCGCAGCACACCGGACAGGCGCAGUGACGGAUACCUCAGCUCCGAGCAUGAAGACUCCUCAUCAGUAGAUUUUAACUAUAACACAGACGGUUAUGAUGGAGACGGAGCAGAGGACAGGAAGUCUCAAGACGGCUCCGAGACCAUGCCCUUCAUUGAUGAGUCUCCCACCAUGUCCCCACAGUUGUGUGUACGGCCUGAUGGAGACCCAGUGUCCCCUACGCCACCUGAGGGUCUACUUCCUGGGGUCAACACAGAGAAGGGUCUGGAGAUGAAGAAGCUGGUACUUUCUGGUUUUAUGGCCAGUGAGGAGAUCUACAUCAACCAGCUUGAUGCCCUGCUGCUGCCUAUGCGUCCCUUGAAGGCAACGGCCACCACGUCCAAGCCCGUGCUUACACUGGAGCAGAUCGAAACCAUCUUUUACAAGAUCCAGGACAUCUAUGAGAUCCAUAAGGAGUUUUACGAUGCCCUUUUCCCCAACAUUCAGCAGUGGGACGAUAAAGUCACAGUCGGACACCUCUUCCAGAAGCUGGCCAGCCAGCUUGGCAUAUACAAAGCCUUUGUGGACAACUACAAAAUGGCUGUGGAGACAGUGGAGAAAUGCAGUCAGUCCAACUCCCAGUUCCAGAAGAUCUCUGAGAACGUCAAAGUCAAGGGACCGAAAAACUCUAAAGACUGCACCACCACUGUCAACAUGGAGGCGCUCCUGUAUAAACCCAUCGACCGCGUGACGCGCAGCACUCUCGUACUUCAUGAUCUGCUGAAACACACUCCUAAAGAGCACCCAGAUUUUGCUCUGCUGCAGGACGCGCUACGGAUCUCUCAGAACUUCCUGUCCAGCAUCAACGAAGAGAUCGACCCGCGCCGGACUGCUGUCACUACACCCAAGGGAGAGGCUCGUCAGCUGGUGAAGGACGGCUUCCUGGUGGAGGUGUCUGAAGGAACACGCAAGCUGCGCCAUGUCUUUCUCUUCACUGACUUGCUGCUGUGUGCCAAGAUGAAAAAAACUUCAGUGGGGAGGCAACAGCAGUAUGAGUGUAAAUGGUACAUCCCACUGGCUGAUCUCACCUUCCAGACACUGGAUGACUCGGACUCCUGUACACACGUUCAGACGCUUCCUGAGCACGAGAUCGAGGAAAUGAAAAUCAAGAUCUCGGUCAUCAAGAGUGAGAUCCAGAAAGAGAAGAAAUCUCAGAAAGGCCAAAGCCGCAACGUGGACCGCUUGAGGAAAAAGAUGAACGAGCAGGAGUCAUGUCUGCUGCUACACUCUCCAACAAUCCCUUUCCGCAUUCACAACAGAAACGGCAAGAGUUACUUGUUCCUGCUUUCCUCAGACUACGAGAGGUCCGAAUGGAGAGAAAGCAUUCAAAGGCUUCAGAAGAAAGAUGUCCAGUCCUGUGUGUUGAGCUCGCUGGAGCUCCAGGUCCUCACCAGUUCCUGCUUCAAGCUGCGCACCGUCCAUAACAUCCCUGUCACAACUAAUAAAGAUGAUGAGGAAUCUUCCGGACUGUACGGCUUCCUGCACGUCAUCGUCCAUUCUGCCACCGGCUUCAAAGAGUCAGCAAAUCUCUAUUGUACACUCGAAGUGGAUUCCUUCGGGUACUUUGUUAGCAAAGCCAAGACCCGUGUGUUUCGAGACACCACCGAGCCGCAGUGGAACGAGGAGUUCGAAAUUGAGCUGGAGGGCUCGCAGUGCCUGCGCAUCCUGUGCUACGAGAAAUGCUACGACAAAUCCAAGCUCAACAAGGAUGACAAUGAGAUUGUAGACAAGAUCAUGGGCAAGGGACAAGUGCAGCUGGACCCACAGACCGUACAAUCCAAGAACUGGCACGUGGACGUGAUCGAGAUGAACGGGAUCAAAGUGGAGUUCUCGAUGAAGUUCACGAGUCGGGACUUGAGUUUGAAGAGGACUCCGUCCAAGAAGCAGAGCGGAGUGUUUGGAGUCAAAAUCAGCGUCGUGACAAAACGCGAGCGCUCCAAGGUGCCUUACAUCGUGCGUCAGUGUAUCGAAGAGGUGGAGAAGAGAGGGAUCGACGAGGUUGGGAUCUACCGCAUCUCCGGCGUGGCCACCGACAUCCAGGCGCUCAAAGCGGUGUUCGAUACCAACACCAAAGACAUCCUGGUGAUGUUGAGCGACAUGGACAUCAACGCCAUCGCCGGCACGCUCAAACUCUACUUCAGGGAGCUUCCCGAGCCGCUGCUCACAGACCGACUCUACCCAGCCUUCAUGGAGGGCAUCGCUCUGUCUGAUCCCGCUGCCAAGGAGAACUGCAUGAUGCACCUACUGCGCUCUCUGCCCGACCCCAACCUCAUCACCUUUCUCACCUUACUGGAGCACCUCAAGAGGGUGGCUGAGAAGGAACCUGUGAAUAAAAUGUCGCUGCACAACCUGGCCACCGUGUUCGGCCCGACGCUGCUGAGACCGUCCGAGUCGGAAAGCAACAAACCCCACAUCACACUGGCCUCCGAUAUCUGGUCCCAUGAUGUCAUGGCACAGGUCCAGGUGUUGCUCUACUACCUACAACAUCCUCCCAUCUCCUUCGCCGAGCUGAAGAGGAACACGCUCUAUUUCUCAACGGACGUUUAACCCUGCCCCUCCUCCUCCUUCUCCUCCUCCUCCACCCCUUCUACACAGAGACACUUUCAUCUAUUUCCUCUAAAUACCACCAUCCAUUUCCUGUACAGAAUUCCACCUGCACAAGGGGACACCACACUGAGACGGCUGCCUCCUUCGUGUGAGAGAGUGAGCGAGAAAGAGAGAGAGAGAGAGGGAGAGAGAGAGAGGGAGAGAGUGAGAGAGAGAAGCCACACCCACUCUGCCUGGACGGAGAGCUGGAGGACGGAGGACAUGCGUGUGUCUUUUUGUGGCCGGAGACAUGAGGCAUCAUGGGACGUUUGCCAGCCCAGUUCAGUGACGUCGGUGCAAGAGAUGCGUUCGAACUCUCUGCUCAAAUUGUUUUUUUUUUCUGUUGAUGUUUAUUCCGAGUCAUUACAGACAUCGUUCUCACACACCGCCACGUCUGCAUUUCCUACAUAUGUUAUUUGUUUAGCAGCUCUCUCUAGUUUCGUUUAUUGGCUUUUGCUCAUGUCUGAACAAAACAAAACUGUGUGUGUGUGUGUGUGUGUGUGUGUAUCCUUGCGUUUUCUCCAAACUGAGGCUUCAGCAGGAGCUCUAUCCUUGGGCUGGUCAUAUUUUAUUCUCUGUAGAAAAGCUGACGUUUCUUGACCAUUCCAAGGCCAAAAUUCUUAUUUAUUAUAAAUAUCGUCUAUACGUGUGCCUGUACAGUCCAUUACAUCAGAAUGACUUAGUCUGAAGUUUUUUUGUUUUUGUUUUUUUUUUAAUAUAUAUAUAUAAAAAUAGUGACCUUUUAUUUUUAAAUUUUCUUGUUUACGGUCAGUGCUGACUGAGCUGUACUGUAAAAACAAACAAACAACAAAACAUUAACAUAAAAUAAACUUUCUGACCGUUUAAAACGUUCUGCUUGUUGGUCAGAGAAGCAGGAGGAUGGAUAUAUAAAGCCAAAUUUCCAUUUUGCUUUUAUUUCCAUUCAUCGUUCUAUUUUUUUAACCCAGCAGAUUGACCAUGACAACAUUAGUUUAACAAAACCAAACCAAAACGUAGAUCUUUCUGCAGCGAAGAGCCAGUGACAUUCUCCCAAUCAGCACUGUUCCAUAUCUGAUUCUCUUUAUGAUCAUUUUUAAUAUUGUAUUUUAUUUUCGCGGUACAGAUAUUUCCGUAUACCGCAUUUCCUAUAAGGAUAAUUGUUGAUGUGAACAGUUUUUUUUUUCUUCUGUUUUUAGUAAAAAAUAAAUAAAAGUGUACAGGAAAGCCCAGUAAAAGCUUUGUGUCUUUAA